AGAGGAAAACAACUUCAGCACAGGAUGGAGCUCACGUCAAUCUGCCUAAUGCUCUCCACGCUGAGCAUCACUCCAGACAGAUCCCAGUUCUUCCAGUACGAGCAGAUUUCUCUGAACUGCGCUGCAAACUCCAGCGGCUGGACGGUGAAGAGAAACACUGACUUUCAGUCUGCUCAGGCCUGCAUGUACGGCUGGGCGAUCCCGGGUGAUUCCUCCUGCACCAUCGAGGACACCUUGCCAUCGGAUACUGGCAUGUACUGGUGUCAAUCUGAGCAGGGACACUGCAGCAACACUGUCAACAUCACAGUGACCACCGGCGUUGUGAUUCUGGAGAGCCCUUCACAUCCAGUGACGGAGGGAGAUAAUGUGACGCUUCGCUGCUCCUACAAGGAAGAGGAACAUCAUGAAUCGACGUCAAACUUCCCUGCUGCCUUCUACAAAGACAAUGUUUACAUCGGGACAGAAAAUGCAGGAACGAUGACCAUACUGGUGUCCAAGUCUGACGAAGGCUUCUACAAGUGUAUACACCCUUCAAAAGGAGAGUCGCUGCAGAGCUGGCUGACAGUGAAAGAGAGAGGUCAGAGCACAGUUGUGCCCAUCACUCCUUUUCCUCCUUCUUCUUCUCCUUUCACGCCCUCAACCAAGCUGAUCCUUUGUGUCCUGCUGUUCAUCCUCUACAACAUCAUUUUCAUAAUGUGCAUAUGCAUAUACCGAAAGGUGGCGCGAGCAGCCACUCUGAGCAUCCUGCCAGACAGAUCCCAGUUUUUCCGGUAUGAAUCCUUCUCUCUGGGCUGUUCGGUGCCAGACAACUCCAACACCUGGACGGUGUUGAGGAACACGUCCUCUAAGGAUUUGGUUCCAUGUGGGGUGGAUUGGGGUCAACCAAAUGGCUUCUUGUGCAACAACAGCAACAUCUACGCCUCCGACACUGGACGGUACUGGUGCCAGUCCAAGGAGGGCGAGUGCAGCAACGUCCUCAACAUCACUGUGCACACUGACGUUGUGAUCUUGGAGAGUCCUGCGUUACCUGUGAUGGAGGGAAGCACAGUGACACUUCACUGUUCCCACAAGGAAAGAUAUGCCGAGCAUUCUUCAUCUAGUUUCAGAGCUGCAUUCUUCAAAGAUGGUUAUUUUAUUGGACAUCACACUGGAGAGAUGAUCUUUCCGAAUGUGUCCAAGUCCAACGAAGGGUCCUACAAGUGUAGACACCCAACAAAGGGAGAGUCGCCACUGAGCUGGCUGACUGUGAGAGUCGAAGCUAAGCCUACAACCCCCUCUGCCCCCACGACCAGUAAACCUACUCUGAUAACUCCUAUCAAGGUGGUGUCUUCCAUCCUGCUGUUCAUCCUCUACACGGUCAUACUCAUACUGUGUGUCUACAUUAUGAGAAAGCUGACUCAAGCUCAAGCUCAAGCUAAAUACAGAGUUUCUAAUGGGCCGGGAUGAUGAGAAGAGCAACAACAUUUUACUUUGAAGAAGGAAAUCAUCUUUUUUUUUUCCAAAUACAUAUUUAGUAUGAUAUUAUCUUCUCCUUAUAAGCACUUUGCUGGUAUGACGUUAUGCAUACAUGACAUAAGAUGCUUGAAACUGAUAUAAAGAUGUCACAUAUUUGAUAAGCUUGAUAUAAACAUUAUGUUACUUGUAUUUCUUAUUCUAAUGUUGCAGUGUUACUCUCUGCUAUUGUUUAAUAAAGAUGUUGACUUGGUUGUCUGUA